AUGGCUGAACAAUAUAAUAAGCGAAACCAAGAAUUGGGACAAGAUUUUGAACGUUUGAAAGAGCAAAUGACUAAGAUUUUGGACCUACUCAUGGCACAGAAAGGAAAAUUAGUGGUAGAAGAACCACACGCUAGCGACGUCGUCAGAGGACUAGAUGAUACCUCACUUUAUGCUCCUGGUUUUACCCCACAGGUACACCCACAUAAUGGCAUGACUACUAUACCUGGUCAGCCAAUUUUUUACACUCAGACGCCCCCAAUGGUUUCAUUUGGGGAAGGAGCAGUUCAAAAUCAAACCUUCAUGGUGUCUGAACAAGUUCACCCUUUGGUGCAACAAAGAAAGGAUAUCAAUGAUCUCAUUAAUAAUCAUGAACUUCGUAACUCAGGGAAAGUCACAGAAAAAGCUGAAAAGAUUGCAUCAAAAGGAAAGUUAGAUUUCCUAGAAGAGCGCCUACAAGCCAUAGAAGGUGCUGACGCAUUCAGAAGCAUAGAUGCAACACAGUUGUGCUUAAUGACUGAUAUUGUUAUCCCUCCAAAAUUUAAGGUACUCGAAUUUGAGAAGUAUGAUGGGACGUCUUGUCCAAGGAGCCAUUUAAUCAUGUAUUGCAAAAAAAUGGCGGCACAUGUUCAUGAAGAGAAGCUUUUGAUACAUUUCAUUCAAGAUAGCUUAUAUGGUCCCGCGUCUCGCUGGUAUAUGGAGCUAGAUACAGCUCAUGUGCAUAAAUGGAAAUAUCGGCAGAUCUUUUUAUCAAGCAAUACAAACACAACCUGGAUAUGGCACCAGAUCGUUUGGAUCUCCAACGAUUUAGAAAAUAAAAGCACAGAGAACUUUAAAGAGUAUGCACAAAGAUGGAGAGAUAUGGCAGCACAGAUUCAACAUCCAUUAACAAACAAAGAACUGACGACCAUGUUCAUAAACACUCUUCGAUCUCCUUAUUAUGACCGAAUGAUCGGAAAUGCUUCCACAGACUUCUCAGAUAUCAUUACUAUCGAAGAAAGAAUCGAGUAUGGAGUGAAAUAUGGAAGGAUCAUGGAUACAACAUCAGACGCCAGCAAAAAAAAAAACUUUAUCCCAAAAAAGAAAGAGGGAGAAGUCCAUGAGAUUAUUUAUGGUAAAAAACCACUUGCUGGAAAUCUGAAGGCUAUACAUUAUCCGGUAGGCGGUAAACCCCACAGGUCUUAUAGUAAGCCGUUAGAUGCUCGUGCUAAUACUUGGGAUUCUAACUUGUCUGAUGUUCAAAGAAGUUACAGAAAUAAUUCAAGAUGCUAUGAUCCAAUCCCCUUAACAUAUAUAGAGUUGCUACCACAAUUGAUUUGGAAUUGGCAAUUUGUUCCAUUAACUAUAGACCUAUGCAGCCAUCAUACCCAAAAUGGUACGAUCAUAAUGCGCGAUGCGAUUACCACUCAGGGGCAGUGGGGCAUUCAACAGAAAGCUGUUACACACUCAAAGGGAAGAAGAGGCCCAGAUGUUACUCAGAAUCCACAUCCUAAUCAUGGCAACCCGACAGUUAAUGUUAUACAUGCUUCAUCAGAAGGGAAAGAGGUUAUUGACUUCGUAUAUCAACAUUUGACGGAUGAUUGUCUGAAUUACAGUGAAACAACAUGUUUAGCAUGGGGGAAUGAUGUAGAAGCCCACUUUGUUAAUAUGGUCACAGAAGAAGAGGCGUCAUCAAAAUAUUCAUUCAAGCUAGAACCAUUGGUGGUUAUUUUUAAAGAACAACCUACAAUCAUUUCAGCCAACUCAUCCAUCCUACAACCUUUAACUAUUCAACUUCCUAGCCCAUAUAAAUACAAGGAUAAUAAAGCAGUACCAUGGCAUUAUGGUUGUCAUACUCUCGACGAAGAAGUCUCCAUCGUGACUAACAUUUCUAGAGUUAGUGGAAUGACCAGAAGUGGAAUAUGCUACAAGCUUGAAACCUUAAAAGCGUCACAAGUCGAUGAGCAGCAUAAAAUUUGGACGGUAAAAGGAAAAGAGAAAGAUUGCCCCGAUCUAGAGGAAAUUUGGGGUGAAGAACCUGUUAUGGCUAAGGGAAGUUCAUUUAAGAAAAUAGUAUCAGAUGAAGAAGCUUCUGAGUUUUUGAAGUUGAUCAAGCACAAUGAAUAUAAAGUGAUCGAACAGUUGCAUCACACACCGGCUUGCAUAUCCAUGUUAUCAAUAUUCAUUAAUUCCAAACCACAUCGCAAGGCUUUAAUGGAUGUUUUGAAUCAAUCUCAUGUGAACUAUGACAUCACAAUUGAAAAGCUGGACGGAAUCGUGGGAAAUAUCACUUCUUCCAAUACUAUUACUUUCAUGGAUGAAGAAAUUCCACCAGAAGGUAGUGGGCAUACUAAAGCACUACACACAGUGGUAAAAUGCAAAGAUCACGCGAUUGCAAAAGUUCUUGUCGAUAAUGGAUCAUCUUUAAAUGUGAUGCCAAUGUAUACGCUACUAAAGUUACCGGUAGAUUCAACUCACAUUAAACACAGUAGUAUGGUUGUGAGAGUUUUUUAUGGAACCCAUAGAGGAGUUGUAGGUGAUAUUGAACUGCCCAUCAAAAUUGGACCUCGUACUUUCAAUGUGACAUUUCAACUGAUGGACAUAAGUCCGACCUAUAGCUGUUUGUUGGGUAGGCCUUGGAUUCACUCAGCAGGAGUUAUUCCAUCGACUUUACAUCAAAGAUUGAAGUUUGUUUUCGAAAACACUUUAAUCUGCAUAUUCGGUCAAAAAGAUUUGCUCGUCACUAAAUCUACUGAUACCCCUAUGUAG